UGGGAAGCUGAGGAAGACUAGAUGGCUAGGAUCUCUGGCUGAUGAAUGUAUCUAAGCAUCCAUGGAGGCAUGAAGUCCUCUUGCAUCUCAGGACUCAUCUCCAUGUCCUUCCUGCACUCUCCCCAACAUGUGGUGGUUUGUGAGAUUGUCCACACCACAGGAACUGAUUGUGCCCCCUGACAUGUAUCAGCCAGAGGUCAUGUCCAGGAGUAGCUGGAGGACAGUCUGGUAGGUGUGUGUGUGUGUGUGUGUGUGUGUGUGUGUGUGUGUGUGUGUGUUUGUGAGAUUUGGGACUGAACGUUAUGAUAAACAGCAUUGUUUAUCUAAGCUUGAUCAACCUUGCAAAAACAGGGGAGAGUGAUUUAAUUGGUUUCCUUGAGAUGGAUUAUGACGUUAUCCUUAUGGUUAAAUAUUUAUGUGGUAAGUUUAAGAAUUCCCAGGAAGUGAGACAGCAGCAUUUUUGAACAAGUAAUGGAUUUUGGCUAAAACUCAAAUUUCAUGAUGGGAGGGGUAAAAAAUAAAUGCCAAGACAUCUGUGUAUUUAAAGAGAAAGAGGGAGCAUGCCCACAUGGGUAGCCUACAGAAACAAGACGAAGGAGCACCAAGAAGCCUCACGGCCCUGAGCUUAUUCUCACCAGCCCUUCAUCUAGGUAUCUACAGUGAUUUCUCUUCUGGACCCUACAUCAGACAGCACGUAUCCACUGCCUAGUGAACAUACCAUUACCAUCCUGUGCCAUAGAGAGACCUCAGCCAUCAAUCACUAGCACAUGAUUGACAGACGGAGAAUGGGGCUUUGGGCUUUGGGAAUUCUGACAGUUCCCAUGUAUUUGACAGUAACGGAAGGCAGCAAACCAUCCUGGGGUCUGGAAAAUGAGGCUUUAAUUGUGAGAUGCCCCAAAAGAGGAGGCUCGACUUAUCCUGUGGAAUGGUAUUACUCAGGUACAAGUGAAAGUAUUCCUUCUCAAAAAAGAAAUCGGAUCUUUGUCUCAAGAGAUCGUCUGAAGUUUCUACCAGCCAGAGUGGAAGACUCUGGGACUUAUGCUUGUGUUAUCAGAAGCCCCAACUUGAAUAAGACUGGAUAUUUGAAUGUCACCAUACAUAAAAGGCCGCCAGGGUGCAACAUCCCUGAUUAUCUGAUGUAUUCGACAGUACAUGGAUCAGAUAAAAAUUCCAAGAUAACUUGUCCAACAAUUGACCUGUAUAAUUGGACAGCGCCUGUUCAGUGGUUUAAGAACUGCAAAGCCCUCCAAGGGCCAAGGUUCAAGGCACACAGGUCCUACUUGUUCAUUGACAACGUGAAGCAUGAUGAUGAAGGUGACUACACGUGUCAAUUCACACACACAGAGAAUGGAACCAAUUACAUUGUGACUGCCACCAGAUCAUUCACAGUUGAAGAAAAAGGCUUUUCCAUGUUUCCAGUAAUUACAAAUCCUCCAUACAACCACACAAUGGAAGUGGAAAUAGGAAAAACAGCACGUAUUGCCUGCUCGGCUUGUUUUGGCAAAGGCUCUCUGUUCUUAGCUGCUGUCCUGUGGCAUAUUAACAAAACAGUAGUCGGAAGUUUUGGUGAAGCAAGAAUUCAAGAAGAGCAAGGUCGAAAUGAAAGUUCCAGCAAUGACAUGACCUGUUUAACUUCAGUGUUAAGGAUAACUGGUGUGACAGAAAAGGACUUGUCCCUGGAAUAUGACUGUGUGGCCCUGAACUUGGAUGGCGUGAUAAGGCACACUGUAAGACUGAGAAGGAAACAACCAAUUGACCACCAAAGCAUCUACUACAUAGUUGCCGGAUGUAGUUUAUUGCUAAUGUUUAUCAAUGUCUUGGUGAUAGUCUUGAAAGUGUUCUGGAUUGAGGUUGCUCUGUUCUGGAGAGAUAUAGUAACACCUUACAAAACCCGAGAUGAUGGCAAGCUCUAUGAUGCUUAUGUCAUCUACCCUCGGGUCUUCCGGGGCAGCACAGCAGGAGUCGGCUCUUUGGAGUACUUUGUUCACCACACUCUGCCAGAUGUCCUUGAAAACAAAUGUGGUUACAAGUUGUGCAUUUAUGGGAGAGACCUGCUGCCUGGGCAAGAUGCAGCCACCGAGGUGGAAAGCAGUAUCCAGAAUAGCAGAAGACAGCUGUUUGUCCUGGCCGCUCACAUGAUGCACAGCAAGGAGUUUGCCUACGAGCAGGAGAUUGCUCUGCACAGCGCCCUAAUACAGAACAACUCCAAGGUGAUUCUUAUUGAAAUGGAGCCUCUGGGUGAGGCAAGCCGACUACAGAUCGGGGACCUGCAAGAUUCUCUCCAGCAUCUUGUGAAAAUGCAGGGGACCAUCAAGUGGAGGGAAGACCACGUGGCCGACAAGCAGUCUCUAAGCUCCAAAUUCUGGAAGCAUGUGAGAUGUUCCAAAUGUCUUGUCUUAGACUGUGUCACAGAGUCCGGCUGAAGCAGCCAGCAUGUGAAACAUGUCUGCCAUGCCACACCAGGACAUCCACCCACUUAUUAAAAUGUAUCUGUCACUGUGA